UUUCUCCACAGCACGCUGUUGAUAUACUGACUGUAUUCAAGAAAAUACAGCUGAGGUGCUAUAUCUGAAAAAGCAGCAAUCCAAAUAGCUGCCUGCACCUCAUGCUCCCAAGAACUGAAGUGGUAUAGCACAGGUCACGUAUUCAUGCUGUACUUCUCUGUUCUGCUUCUGACUUUAGGUCAAACUUAUGAAUGGAGUUAAAAUAUUUUUAAGGUACUGAGUGUUAAAUAAGAGUAUUAUUAUGACAGAUUUUUCUCCCCUUUCAGGUUCAUGUAUGAAUGACCUAGCCUUGCUUCCUUUUCCCUUCACGCUUCAGCGCAGAAGCAAGCAACCCUUGCACUUGGACUCGUAGUUUAGGCACUGCUCCACUGGCAGCUUACACGGCCUCUAUCUAGGGAGCUGCUCCUAAACACUUCCUGCCACUGGGCAGCUCCAGCAGUGAUCCGCCUCUCAGCAAGGCUGGGCUUCAAACAGGCAGAACCAGAUUCCCCAAGUAGAAAGUAAUCAAUUUGCCUGUCUACUGCAGUUGCAGAAGUUAGCUUCUCUCUCUCGCAGCACCACUCUUGAAGAUGAUCCCUUGGAUAAUUAUUUAAGAACUAGAAGCAGAAGGCACGCAGAGAAUUCUUAAUGGAAUGCCGUUCAAGACACAUUACUUAGGCAAAUAUUCAAAACAAUAUUUUUCAGAUUAUACUGAAGCUUACCCUCCCGAGUUCCUCUGUAAAGGAUAAAACGGAAAGACACCAGAACAAGAUUAAAAGUGAAAGAAGUAAAAACUAUUGGAGUCAAGUCCUUGUGUUGCAAGAGGGGAAAAAACCUUGGAAAAAACCUGAACACAAAAAACAUGAAAGACCGCCUCCAGGAGCUUAAACUAAGAGCUAAGGAACUACAGAUAGCUGGAGAAAACAGUGGUGCAACUGUACAAGAAGAAGGUGAGGAGGAGUUUGAACAGCAGGCCAUUAUUUAUGAAAAGGAGCCAAUAACUGAAAGGCACUUGCAUGAAAUCCAGAAGCUUCAGAAUGAAAUCAAUAAUUUGGUGGAAGAAGUUCAUAAAUUCAGUCAACAACAAAAAAGCCUACUAUCUUCAAUGAGAAGAUUCAGUGUUCUGAAAAAGGAAUCUAACAUAGCAAGAGAAAUAAAAAUUCAAGCAGAGCACAUACGAAAAUGUUUGGAUGAACUGUCUAAAACAGUGAAAAAAGCUGAAAAUGAUCAUGGGCCAUCACGUGCUACAGUAAGAAUUCUAGCUUCCCAGCAUGCUUUCUUAUCCCAUCGUUACCUAAAUGCUAUGCUCUCAUACAAUGACGCUAUAACUGCUAAGCAAGAGAAAUGCAGAAGAUUCAUUGUCCGUCAGCUUGAAGUAGCUGGUAAAGAGGUACCUGAGGAAGAAGUCAACGACAUGCUCCAACAAGGAAAAUGGGAGAUUUUCAAUGAAAAUCUGCUUACUGAAGUCAAAAUUACCAAAGCUCAGCUUUCAGAGAUUGAACAGAGACACAAAGAACUAGUAAAUCUAGAGAACCAGGUCAAAGACUUAAAGGAACUUUUUAUCCAGAUAUCAGUUCUGGUGGAGGAGCAAGGGGAUAUGAUCAACAACAUUGAAAUCAGUAUGAACAACACUCAAGAAUACACUCAAGUAUCUAAAGAAAAAUUUGGGCUUGCAGUUAAGUACCGAAAAAGAAACCCUUGCAAAGCACUAUGCUGCUGGUGUUGUCCAUGCUGCAAAUAACAAAAAAGUAAACUGUCUGAAAUACUAAAGGUUCCUAUUUAGUAAACUGAUCUUGUAAAGGAGACUCAGGAUCAUUCAGUUGCGUCAUUUUUCUUCCCAUUUCCCCUUCCAUAGAGCUCUCAGGAAAAACUGCACCUGUUUGUCCAAGCAGAAUUAGAAGAAAGCAGAGAAUUUUGUGGUUUUCUGAGAAACAGAUGGACUAGGAAAAAGAUCAAGGGACACAAGUGACACGUUUUUGUUCUUCCACUCAAACUAAAGCGAUGUGGCAACAAACUACCUGCGCUUCUGGGAAGUACUGAAAAUAUUGUUAAUCUCAAAGACAGGAUUCAUAAGAACAGUUUAGUUACCUUUUAUAAAUUAAAAAUUACUAUUUUUAAUUGUUUUGUGAUUUUUUUCACAUGUAUUACUUAGUACAAAUUCUAAGUUGUUUUUUUUUUCCCAGGAAUCUGAAAUCUACACACAAAGCAGACGUCAUUAGUAACAAUCCAGAACAUGAUGCCU